GACGGUGGUGAUUGGUUCGACCCUUUCGUCUCUUUGAACGCCAACAUCAUCGAGGCAAUCGACAGCGUGAUUGGGUCUGCUGGCGCAGCCAUCAUCCUCUACACCAUCCUUGUCAAGGUGGUCACCUACCCACUUCAGCAGCCGGCGUUGCGCGCAUCCGCGCUGCUGCAGAUGCUGUCCCCGCAGCUGGAGGAGAUCAAUCGGCAAUACAAGGAUGAUGAGGACAAAAAGGGACAAACCCUGCGGGAUCUCUAUGGCAAGGUGGGGCUGAACCCAUUCCUCUCGCUGGUGCCGGUUCUGUUUCAGAUUCCGCUCUUCGUGGCACUCUUCCGGGCGAUCGGACGACUGGCCUCGCAGGACGACCACUUCAAGGAGCCUUUUCUUUGGAUUCCGAGCCUCGCCGGCCCGGUCAGCCAGGGGAAGCCCAGCCUGGAUUGGCUUUUGAAGACCCGAUCCAGCGAAGCUUUUGAGCCACUGGUGGGCUGGCAGGAUGCCACAAUGUACUGCGUGCUGCCCCUGCUGGUCUUCCUAGCCCAGUUCCUCUCCUCCAGGCUGUCCUCGCCCUCCUCGGAGAACUCCACGAAUGGCGUCCUCUUCCCGCUCUUUAUCGGUAUUUCGACGCUGGUCUCCCCCUCUGGAGUCGGUGUGUAUUGGUUCACCAACACGGUGUUGACCACCGCACAGAUGAAGGUGACCCAAGACGAAGUCGCGGAGGAGUUCCCGGAGUACAAGCAAAUCAAGGACGAUUUUGAUGCCAAGGAGAACGGCGCGCGGUACACGCGAGCUUCGCCUUUCAAGGAGGAGGAUGCUGUCAAGAAGAGCGUGGACGCGCUCAAGGAGCCCGAAGCACCUCCGAAGAAAACCUCGCGGAAAGAGCGAUACAGAUGGGACAAAGUCAAAGGAUGCCACACCGGGUACAGUUGCACAUUCUCGUUGCCAGGCGAGGGGAAAAAGAAGAACUUCGGAGAGGCGUCCUUUUGGCGUGCAGAUACGGGCGCGGAGGACCUGGACAAACAGCCCAAGCCUGCACCUGACAAGUACCUCAUCAGUUUCAUUCCAUCGCUCAGGCAUUUGGCCUUCAUCUUAAUGCAGUGCUACUUUCAACUCUGGCUGAGUGCGGUGUCCCUCACAUCCCCCCCGGCUGCCCAGAGCUGCCAGGAGCCACCCGGUGAUCCACUGGAUCCGACAGGUGCGGCGACGAAGGGACGGCUGUAA